AUGAUUGGCGGCAUUUUUCCUGUUUUUAACAAAGAGAUAGCCAGCAUUUCUACUUUUGAUCAGAAGCCUUCUGGAGUCAGAUGUGCUGGGUUUGACCUGCGAGUUUUUCGAUGGACUCAAGUGCUGGCAUUUGCAAUUGAAGAGAUCAACGAAGAUACCGUGCUCCUGCCAAACAUAUCACUGGGAUACCGGAUCCUGGACUCAUGUGCAUCUCCUACUAACACUUUACGAGCUGCACUAUCGCUGGCUGGAGGAGAAGAGGAGACAGAACCAGGCGUGUCUUGUCUCCCGGCCAUAUCGGCCCUGAUAGCCGAGUCUGGAUCAUCCCAGUCUCUGGCCGUAGCAGGGACACUCGGACCGUUUCAAUUACCAAUUGUGAGCUACUUCUCAACAUGUGCCUGUUUGAGUGACAGAUCAAAGUAUCCAUCAUUUUUUCGAACAAUUCCCAGUGACUAUUUCCAGGCAAAAGCUUUGGCAGCUCUGGUUAAACGGUUUGGCUGGCGGUGGAUUGGAGCUAUACAGUCUGACAAUGACUACGGGCGUCACGGGGUCCUCGCCUUCAAGCAAGAGGUUAAAAAGCUCGGUGUUUGUAUUGCAUUCGUUGGGACAAUUCUGCGUACAUACCCUGUGGAAAAGAUCAAGGCUGUUGUAGAAAUGAUCAAAGAAUCAGGUAUUAAAGUUGUUCUUGCGUUUGUGCCUGAGGGUGACUUUUACCCUUUAAUGACAGAAAUGGUUAAACAGAACAUCACAGGGAUCCAGUGGAUUGCCAGCGAGGCCUGGAUAACGGCUCCUCGACCCUCCACACCGGAAAUCUAUCAAGCUUUCGGGGGAGCUCUCGGCUUUGUCGUGCAGAAGAUGGCCAUUCCUAAACUGAAACCUUUUCUCACGGGCAUCAACCCUUAUAAAGAUGCAAGUUCUGCCUUUGUGAGGGAAUUCUGGAAGAGUAUGGUGACUGAUCACCUCCAAAGGGUGAGCUUUAAAAAUAAAUUUGGUGACAACGUCUUCUUUGAUGAAAAUGGCGACCCCCCGGCUUCUUAUGACCUCAUCAACUGGCAGCUCAGAGACGGGCAGGUUCCAAUAUCGGUGUGCUCUGUAGAAUGUCCACUGGGGACCAGGAAAGCUCAAAUAAAGGGUAAACCUAUCUGCUGUUUCGACUGCAUCCCAUGUCCUGAUGGUACUAUAGCCAACACAACAGCAGAUUGCAUAGCUUGUAAAAAAGAGUUCUGGUCCAAUGAGAGGAGGACUGAGUGCAUUCCAAAAACAACAGAGUUCCUGACCUAUUACGAGCCGAUGGGCAUAGCUCUGACGGUUGUGUCCCUGAUGGGGGCCUCACUGUCUAUGGCCACCAUGCUCAUCUUCAUCUGCUACAGGAACACACCAGUCGUAAAGGCCAGCAACUCGGAGCUGAGCAUCUUCUUGUUGUUUUCUCUCUUUUUGUGCUUUCUCUGUCCUCUCACGUUUAUCGGCGAACCCACAGUGUGGGCAUGCAUGCUGCGCCACACCGCUUUUGGAGUGACAUUUGCUCUGUGUAUUUCCUGCAUCUUGGGCAAGACCAUCGUGGUCGUGACGGCUUUUAAAGCCUCCUUUCCCGGCAGCAAAGUAGCAGGGAAGUUUGGUCCGAUGCAGCAACGGGUCAUAGUUUGCUGCUGCACUCUCGUACAAAUACUGAUAUGUGUGCUUUGGCUAAAAAUAAGCCCCCCCUUUCCCGCCUUGGUUUUCAAGCACAGUAAUAAGAAAAUCAUUUUAGAAUGCAACACCGGUUCUGAAGCAGCGUUCUAUGCUGUGCUGGGUUACAUAGCUUUACUCUCGAUUAUAUGUUUGAUUCUGGCAUUUCUGGCAAGAAAGCUGCCUGAUAACUUUAAUGAGGCCAAAUUUAUUACAUUUAGCAUGCUGAUAUUCUGUGCGGUCUGGAUCGCCUUCAUCCCAGCAUAUGUCAGCUCUCCUGGGAAGUUUACUGUUGCCGUGGAGAUAUUUGCCAUUUUGUCCUCAGCUUUCAGUUUACUUUUCAGCAUUUUCGCACCUAAAUGUUACAUAAUAUUAAUAAAGCCCGAAAAGAACACCAAAAAGCAUGUCAUGGGAAAAAUGUUUAAUGUGGGUCAAUGAAUAUUUUAGAUCGAUACAAUAAUGAGAUGUGUUACUGUUGGCAUUAGGCAAGUGUGUUAAGAAGUCAAAUGUUAAGGUUCCGUUGACAUUGACCCUCAAUCUCGUUACCCUGCGUA